AAACUUUCCUCAUUUGCUUACUCCCCUUUGGUUGUUACAGAGCCACAGAGCAGAGAACUCAGAGAGUGUGUGUUGUUUGGGAGAUUGAGUGAAAGUUUGUGGAUCAAGAAGCAAAACCCAGAAUUUGUAAGUGGUUUUGGUUGAGAAAGAAGGAGUGGGGGUUGUUUGGUUUUAAUGUCUACACCAUUAGAGCAUGAUUACAUAGGCUUAUCAUCAUCACCAUGUUUAGAAGAGAAGAAGAAAAAUAAUGUUAUGAAUAUGAAAGAGACUGAGUUGAGACUUGGUUUACCAGGUUCUGAAUCACCAGAGAGAAAUAAUAAUGAAGAGAAAUCAAAGCUUUAUCCACUUGAGUUAUUGAAGGGGUUUGGUGGGAAAAGAGGGUUUUCUGAAGCUAUUGAUGGGUCUAGUAAAUGGGGGAGUUUUGGUAAUGGAUCAGAUGUUGAUUUGGUGAAAAGAGAAAGUGGUGGGUUAUUUUCUCCUAGAAAUGGUGGUGGUGGGAAAACUCUGGGUGUUGUGGAUAAUAAUAAUAAUAAUCAUACUAGUACUACUCAACAACAGUGUGGUGGUGGUGGUUCUUCAUCAGCAGCUGUAAAAACUGAGGCUGUUCCUUGUACAUCUAAACCUGUUCAAGACAAAAAACCUCAACUUGAUCAUGCUCCUCCUUCUAAGGCACAAGUGGUUGGAUGGCCACCAAUUCGAUCUUUCCGGAAGAACACAAUGGCUACUAAUCCAACAAAGAACAACGAAGAUGCCGAAGGGAAGUCAGGGUCUGGGUGUCUGUAUGUUAAAGUUAGCAUGGAUGGUGCUCCAUACUUGAGAAAGGUUGAUCUUAGAAUGUAUUCCAAUUACGUAGACCUCUCAUCAGCUCUUGAGAAAAUGUUUAGCUGUUUUACAAUUGGGCAGUGCAGUUCUAACGGAGUACAAGGGCGAGAUGGGUUGACUGAGAGUCGAUUAAGAGAUCUUCUUCAUGGUUCUGAGUGUGUUCUUACUUACGAAGACAAGGACGGCGACUGGAUGCUUGUUGGUGAUGUGCCAUGGGAUAUGUUUACCGACUCUUGCAAAAGAUUGAGAAUCAUGAAAGGCUCAGAAGCAAUUGGCUUAGCGGCUCCGAGGGCUAUGGAGAAAUGCAAGAACAAAAAGUAGAGUUGUUGUUGUUGUUGUCGUCGGCUGCAUAAGUGUGAGAUUUGGAUUAAAGCUAAUUAACGAAAAAUCGGCUGUUCGUGUUGGGGAACUGUGUUGCUUAAACCACAUAUAAGUAUAUAUAAUUUUUAAGUUAGAAUAUAUCUCAAGGUUUGCUGUGCCCGUCUUGUUUCUUCAUUAUCUGGAUAAAACAUGUUAAUUAGUAGGAGAGGUUGAUGAUGAUAAAAAGAUUUCCUAAGAGACAAAAUCCAGGCUACUUAGAUUUUGUGUCUUCAUUUGUCCUUCUCUAUGUUUUGGUUUUACCUAUGUAAAUGGUUUUUAUUUUGCAAAAUUCACCUCCCUCUGAUCUGUGGAUAGAAUAUUUGUGUUUA